AUGCUGAACAACACAGGCCCAGUGGCCAAACUCUACUUGUCUAUAAUUGAUGAUGUGAUUGAAAGUAUGAAGGAGCUCUUCUUGGAUGAAGGGCUUGAAGACCGCAUCUUGGAUGAUUUAAGACAUCUUUGGGAGUCAAAGAUGAUGCAGUCAAAAGCAAUGGAAGACUUCAGGAAAAACAAUAUCAACUCAUCUAACUUUGUGCUGCAACUUCCAGCGAACUAUAGCCAGUCCGAUCAAGAAAUCACUGCCUCAGCUGUGAUCCCCACAAGUCAGAAAACCCACAGUUUCCCCAUGAAGAACAACUCUGAAACAGUGGCAACCUUCUCUCUGCCUGCUGGGUUGGCCUAUCCUGUGCAGAUACCAGCUGGAGUCACUCUACAAACUGCCUCUGGUCAACUCUAUAAAGUUAACGUCCCUAUGGUAGUAACUCACACUCCAGCAGGGCAGCAACCUCUGUCCCAAACCACCCCAAAAGUCACCGAAUGGACAGAAGCUCCUGCCGCUCAGCCGGCUGCAGCCCAGACAAAUACCGUUCCCACUCAGGAGGUGGAGCCCUCUGCUCUGUCAUCUACUUCAGUCAGCCAGCCACUGCAGCCAGACACCGCCUUAUCCACAAAUCAGGAGACUAGCCCUCCACAGCAGCCCCCGGUUCCUACUGUGGAGCCCCCACAUCCUCAGGGGGCUCACUCUCUGGAGCAGGAGGUCACUCUGGAGGAAAAUCAUCCGAGCCUCCAGCCUGUGAACCUCAGUAUUCCCCCCUCACCCUGCACUCAGUCAUUAGACUUCCAGAUCAGCGCUAAGACCAAAGAUAUUGAUGACAUCCUAAAAGAAGUCAUUGAGGAGGAGAGAGAAAAAGCCAAAAGAGCACGAAGUCUAGCUCCUGGAAGUGCUGACAGCCAGUCUGAAACAGUUCUUGGGCUGGACCUUGACUACAACUACAGUGAACUGUCAGACAUCGUUCAGCUGGAUGGUCCUCCAGACGGCUCUGACAUUGAAGAUGAAGAUGGAGUUCCCCUGGAAGAGAAUGACUUUCUGGGUAUAAUCAAUGCUGAGGCCAUAAAAGCUCUGCAGGAAGGAGAUGGAAGCAGUGACGGCAACAGCAUCUCCUCCAGCAGUGACAGUGACGGAAUAGAAGACAAACUUGCAAAUGCAGAGGAAGAGGAUCCCCUAAAUUCAGGUGACGACGUGAUAGAGCAGGACAUCCCAGAUCUCUUUGACACCGAUAAUGUAAUUGUUUGCCAGUAUGACAAAAUUCAUCGCAGUAAGAACCGUUGGAAGUUUCAUUUAAAAGAUGGAGUGAUGUGCUAUGGAGGCAGAGACUACGUGUUCUCUAAAGCUGUUGGGGAAGCUGAGUGGUAA